AGUUUGAAUGGCGUCGUUCUUGCUGUGAGAAAAUCACAAUAAAAUCCCCCGCUAAAAGACUAUGAAAAGCCCAUUUCCUGGCCAGUGUGCCCCCACAGUGAGUGCAUCCGGUACUUGUGGUGCCCCCACGGUGUGUGUUUACGGGCGCGAGUGAUGUGUUUGAGGGUGGCAGCUGAGAAAAAGUUCAAUGGAUGAAAAAGCCUCGAAAAUUUGUUUAUUGGUGAGAAAAUUGUAUUUUGCAUCGAUUAAACAGUGAAAAGUGGUGUGAAAAGACACAGGAGGGACUUUGUGGAUACGUGGGGUGCUCUUAGUGGUGGUUUUGAGGUAUUCUGUGGGCCCCAAUUGGACUUUUUGGGGUAGAAGUGUAACAUAACCUCAGACUUGGUGGACUCCCUCUUUUGUUCGGGAACCCUUUGGGACCUUUCCCGGGCGGUGCAGUGUGUUCCGGGAAGGGUUUUCACGUAGUUUGCCUUGAUCCGGGCCACACAGACUCAAUGGCGAAAAUGUCGGAAUAUCGGUGCGUGAAUUACUACGAGCUGUGUCGCCUCUGCACAGGAAGUCACGGAACAAAGGUUCACAUCUUCUCGGAGGAUGGCAAGAAGAGGAAUCUCUUCAAUAAGAUCACGGGAUGCUUGCCAAUACAGCUGAGUGAGAAGGAUAAAUUGCCCAAGAUUGUCUGUGGGCAGUGUCUGCAGCAGGUGGAGAGUAUCAUGGAAUUCCGGGAGACGUGUGUCAAUGCACAGACAAUGCUGGAGAGUUGUCUGAACUCCUCGAAGUUGCGCAAUGAGGGGAAGGUGUACAUAAAGGAUGUCGUAGCGAAGAGGAAUGUUCUGCCUACGGCUACGCCAUCUCUUGUCACUGUGAGACCUGUUACAGUGGCCAAUUCCGUCAAGACGGUGUCCACAAUCCCUGCCAGUGGAGUCACGCAGAUCACGCAAAACAGUGACUUCCUCAGUAGUAUCAUUCAAGCUGUGGGUAUCCCAUCUGUGGAAGAGGGAGCCAUGGAGACGCAGACACAGACACAAAUCACACCGCAGUACACACUAACGCUCGAUGGGCAAACCAUCAAGGCGAAUCCCAUUCAGUACAAGAUAAAAGAGGAGCACACGGUGCCCAUUGUGGAGCAACAGCAACAAUCGGCCUUUGCUCAAGUCGAUGAAUUCCUCAAGCUGAAAACCACCACGCAGAUUGGCUCAACGCAAAUCACGCGGAGAACCGUGAAGGCAGCUGUGAAGCCCCCAGAGCCGCCCAAGGCGAAGAAACCCAAAAUAAACCUCGUCCUGGCCACACCGGCGUCGCAGCAGCAACAACCCAAAGUCAUGACAUCCCCCACAAUUGCUACAGCCCCCAUGACCGUGAGCACGAGCCCCACGAAAACUGUCUCCCUGCAGGACCUCAAAAUCUUCUCGCCCACCAAUAAAUGCUUCCUCCCCAUCACACUAAAGGACGGCAAUUCAGACCAGCAGAUCCUCACGCAAAUUGACACGAAGAACAUUGUCUUGCCCACGGCUUUCCUGCAGAUGAAGCUACAGCCUCAAUUGACCACUGUAGACGGUCAACCGGUCGUGCAACUCACCCCAACGGCCAUCCCCACCUCAUUGUCGCUCUCUACGCCCACAACGGCCCAGCUGCAGCCCACGCAGACGUCGACGGUGAACUCAAGCCUCGCCGAAGCCGUACAGAAUGCCGAGAUAAUCUUCACGACGUCCUCGGCGCAAUUCCAGCAGCAGACACAGCAGCAAAUCCAACCAGUUAGUCAGGCGUCAACAGUUCGUCUCACACCCCUCACAAGUAGCACUCCCAUCGUGACGACAGUCGCCCACAAAGCCCCACCGCCAGCCACCAUCACCAUCCAAACGUCACCGGUGAAGCAGCAACCGGCAAAAUUGGUGCAACAGCCCGUGCAGCAGCAGCAGAUACAACAGCAACAGCAACCACAGCCACGGAAGGUGACUAUCACGAAGAAGGUCACCCAAACAGCGCCCAUAGUCAAGACGGAAGCCAUUGCAAAGCCCGCACCGGCAGUUGUGGUGACAACAGUGGCAGCACCCACAACGACCGCCACGACGACCACAACUAUCCGGACGGCAAAUAUCCCGCCAAAUUGCACCACCUGCGACGUCUGCGGGAAGACAUUCAAGCGCAAGGAGCACCUCAUUCAGCACCUAAAGCUCCAUGCGGGGCUAAGGCCCUUCAAAUGCGAAGAGGUGGGCUGUAGUAAAACAUUCAGUCGCAAAGAGCAUCUAAUGCGGCACGUUGUCUCCCACACUGGGAAGAAAAUGUUCAGCUGUGAGUUCUGCCACAAAUUCUUCUCGCGCAAGGAUAAUCUCAACAAACACAAGAGGACUCACUCGGAGUAUGUGAAUAAUGGGCCAUUUUACUGUGAAAUCUGCCAGAAGAGCUUUGUGGUGAAGAUGUACUAUGUGCAGCAUAAGGCAAUGCACGAGAAAGAGGGUACUGUGGCCCUGAGUGGGGAUGAUAGUGGCAAGCCUCAAAUGGAUGGAAUGGAACAGAAGGAGGGUGGUGAUGAUGCGGCUGCAAAUGGGGCUGGUGGUGAGCAAGGUGGCACAGCGGGACACGAUGAGGGGACAGAGCAUAUCCUCCCGGAUGCAGAUGCGUGCGAAGAGCCCACCGUGGAGGAUUCCCUGGUUGUGAGUACACCGUCGAGUCAGGCGCAAAUAAUGCAGGUUCACUUUACACCUGUGACGUCAGCUCAGAAUCAGGGGGGUGCAGCGAUGGGAUCGCACGAUACGACGGUACUCACGCUACCUUCGAACAUUUCCAACUUUGUCACCCUCAAUUCAACGCAAUUCGUUGCAUCGCAAGACGUGAUGGGGCACUUUAAAAUUGAAAAUAAUUAAGAAAGACCCAAUCCCCCCCCUCCGCCCCCAUCUCUCUCUCCAAUGCUCCUCAUCCCCAAUUCUUUUUUUUUAGUAAACUCAAAGUGAUAAGCCCCCUCGCGUUCCUGACAAAACUACCCUCCCUUAUCAAUCGCUCCUAUUAUCAUAGGAGAGUACAUCAGACAAUUUUCAUUUCCGUGUUAAUGUGUGUCGUGUGUGUGUGUGUUGUUUGUGAAGAAGGAGAAAAAAGAUUUUAAUUAAAUCCUGAAUGUGUGUGUGUGCUAAAUUUUAAGGAGAGCAAAAUAGAGACAUGAUAUUAAAAGGAAAGAAAAUGUUAAAAAUGUUUGGAAAAUUUCAUGAGAACAAAAAAUAAAAAGUAAAAGUGAAGAUAAAACUUUAUGAAGAAAAAUAAGUGAUGUGUUUUCUGUAAAAUGUAUAUCUCAAAAUAUUUUUAGCUAAAAAUAUUAAUUGAAAUUUAUAAUUAAAAAAACAGGAAUCCCAAAAUUGAUUAAUAAAUAUUGAGGCUAUUAAUUUACUGAUCGGGAUGAUUAAAAACAAUUAAAGUUAUCUGCUUAAGAACUAAAAGAACUGAAAGAUAUCAGUUUGAAAGAAAAUUUAAUUCCUUUUUAAAAAAUUAAUUAAUUUGAUCAUUGGGUCAAAUUCAAUAGUCAGAAAGAUUAAGAUUUCUUAAAAAAGAAUUAAGUUUACUUAAGAUUCUUUCAGUUUUCUUAAGAUUCUUCAAGUUUUCUUAAGUUUCUUUCAAUUUUCUUAAGUUUUCUAAAGGAAAAAUUUAAGAUUUCUUAGGGAAAAUUUAAGAUUUCUUAAGUAAAUAAAAAUUUUUGCAAACUUCCAUACCUGAAGAUGAUCAAAAAAAAUCUUCGAAAAAAUAUUCAUUUGGCCCGAUUCAGCCUGACUGAAGAAAUCUUAAGUUUUGCUUAACAAUUUUUCUUAGGAAAUCUUUAGUUUUUUCUUAAAAAGACUUAAAUUUUCUUAAGAUUCAUUAAUUUUUUUUAAAUGUCUUAAGAUUUCUUACGAUUCCUUAAGAAAUAACUUAAUAUUUCUUAGGAAAAAUUUGAAAUUUUUAAGUUUUCUUAAGCAAAACUUAAUAUUUUUUCAGUCAAGCUUGGGCUAAAUUGGGCUAAAUGAAUAUUUUUCGAUGAUAUUUUUGUUCGUCAUCAUACAUAGAAAUUCUUAAAAAUCACCAAAAAUAUGAAUUUUGCUCGAUUUACUUUAGAAAUCUUUAAUUUACCUUUAAAAAAAAACUUAAAAAUCUUAAAUUUUUCUAAAGAAAUUUUAAGUUUUUCUCAAGGAAUCUUAAGAAGACUUAAAGAAUUUUAAGAAAACUUAAGUCUUACUUAAGAAAUCUUCAGUCUGUCUGACUAUUGAAUGUCAGCCACUGACAGCAAAAUAAAGAAAUAUGUUUCUCUAUGAAAUUGAAUAAUUUUCUUUAUUGAAAUUUAAAUUAAUCUUGUUCUUUGAUAUUUAAAUUUGAUUAAUGUUUAAAUUGCAUUUCUAUCAUUUCAAAUUCUUUGUUUGACCCACUGUUCCCCGUUUUCCUCUAUUUAACAUGUAAAACCCUAUAAAUUUGUCUACAAAAGGUCGCCAUCAAUAAUUUUAUUUAUUAAUUUUGGGACAUCCAAACUCUGUAUAAUGCAAAAAUAUCUCAUUGUAAAUUUUCAUUAAAAAAAUGUAAGAAAAUAAAAUUAAAAAUAGAUGAAAAUCCAAACUUCACAAAGCAAAAAAAAUAUCACACAGCAUAUUGCCUAAAAGUCCUUAAAAGUAAGAUUAAAGAAUUAUUCUAUUUAUUGAAAAUCUUUUCAUCAUCUUGCCUCAUUUUUUUCUCACACUGUGUAAAAAAUCUUUUAACAAGUAAUUUAAUUUAAAUUCUAAGACAUCUUACAUGAGAUAAAUCUACGCUGCCAUAUUUUUUCUCUUUUAAAUGUGUUUUUUUUUAAAUAAAGAAUUUUUGUAGCAGAAAAUCCCACAAAAAGGAAUCUUUAAUCAAAUUGAUUGUGUAAAAGAAAGUUAUUUAAUAUUUUUUUUAUUAUUAUUUAUUGUGUAAAAAAAAAGGAGGGAAAAGAAGUUUUACAAACUUGUUUGUGUGUCUGUAAUUUGCAAUGGAGAAAAAGAAAUAAUUCAUCGUAGCGAAAGGAAGAAUUUCCUCUCAAGGAGAGGAGGAAGAAGAAAAAGAAUUCAGCAAGAUUUUUUUUAUUCUAAAUUGCCAAACUGUGGAUUUAAUUCCUUCAAUAUUGCAAAAUGGUUCGCUUUAGAAUAAAUUUUCCCUUUGAUGGCAAAGAACCAGCCCCCCGAUAAAUCGCGUGUAAAUAUUCUAAAAAUGAAAAAAAAAAUGCUUUUUCGUAAUGUUUCUCUUUCUCUUUUGAGAACAUUAAAUAAAUGAAAAAAAAAAGAAAAAGAACUUAAUAAUAAGAUGGUAAAUAUGUAGUUCACAGCAAGUUAGAAUUCACAUUUUUUUUUGAAAAACAUAAAUAAUUGUGAACAAGUAAAAGUUAAUUAUGAUGAGGAAGAAUAGUAGGUACACAGUGACCCAGACAAGGUGUUCAAUAUUCUUUUGAAAAAAUGGAUGAAUUUUAAAUUUUAUUUUCUACGGCUUUGAUAGAUUACCGUGAAAUAUAAAAGAAAUUGAAAGACGAAUUCAAGGGCAAUUAAUUUCUAUUUAUAGCCGACCUUUCGAACUGUAAAAAUUCUUCGUCGAGGCAUUAAAUAAAUAAAAAUAUUAAAUAUGUUUAUUCCUUUUAUUCAUUUAAAUCCCUAAGGAAGGACUUAUGCAUGAAGAUAUCGGCUAUUAACGAUAAUUAAUUGGCAUAGAAUCUGACCGAAAAUCCGCCUUUUUCAAUUUCUUUUAUCUAGGCAUUAACACAUUAAAUCAACGAAAUUUUCAUAAUUCUUUUUCUGAAUUUUUUUUUAAAUCACUGUUACAACAGAUAUACUUUAUUUAAUAAAUUAACUCUUAGACUCUUAGACUUAGAACCAGAGAAAUAUAUGAAAAUUAAUUUAAGGAUUAAGAAUCCCAUAAAGGUCGUUUUUUCCUUAUUUUUUUAAAAUCCGGUUCAAGUUUUUAAUCUAUCUAGUCUAAGUCUUGGAACUUUUAAGUUUUACGCCCUGAGUUUUCUCUAAACCCAUCAAAGCUAAGUUUUAGAACGUUUAAUAUGUUUUCUAUUUUUUUUUUAAAUUUUCUUAUGGAUUGAUUAAUAAAGGUUCGUUUUAUUAAAUAUACAAAAAAAACAUUUUUAAAGCCUUCUACAUCCGGAAAAGACUUUUUUUUAUACAUUACCUUUUAACGCAAGUCCGGAAAAAGAUUUCAUUUAUAAUUUUAUUGUUCUAACGGGUGGGAAGACGCUAAAAGGGAUUUCUUUUUCAAAACAUCAAAAAGGAUUCUCAAUUGUUCCUAAAUUACUGGAAUUUAAAGAAAAUUUCGGGAAUUUAAAGAAAAUUUCCGGAAGCAAAAAUUUCAGGAAAAUGUGAAAAGUUCUUUUUAAUUUCUACAAAAAAUUCUUUAUUAAUUGCUUAAAUAUCGCAAAUUAUAGGGAAAGAAAAGAAAAUAUUUAUUGACAAAAUCAAUCCUAAUUAAUCCAACAAAAAAUUAAUAAAUAAAACAUUUUAAAUUCGAACACCUUGCCCGUGCCACCUUGUUGUACGUACAUUCUCUGUCCCACUGUACAGAAAAAAAACAAAUAAUAUUUCACGUACCAAAGUGUUUUCUUUUUCUCUCUGACAAAGUAAAAAAUAAAUCUUUUGCAUUAAAAAAAUAUGUAAACUAAUAAUGAUGGAGUUAUAUUAAUAUAUUAAAUAAAUUUAAAAAUAAAUUACAAGAAAAUUUGUAAAGUGAGAAAAAAUAAUAUUUAUUGAUUAUAAAAUAAAAAAUCCCAGAUGAUACAUAAGAAGAUAUUGCAAUGCAUUAAAAAUCUUUGUGAGAGAUUACACGCGGGGAAAUCUAAUGUGGAAAAAAGAAUUGUAGUUUAAAUUAAAUUAAUGCAAAAAAUGGAACACAAAGAUACUUAUAGAGAGGAAGAAUAAAUUGUAGAUUUUAGGACAAGAAAAUUUAGUGAUUAAGGUUGUAAAAGAGGAAGGAAGAUGAAUGGAAAGUAAUCUCUCUCUAGCCAUAUUUUGAUUUUGAGAAUUCUAAAUAAGACAAAAUGUGGAUUAAGGCGCCGAGGAAAUGAUCUCCAGCAGGUGAUCGUCAUCAUUUUACAACAUAAUCAUGCUAAUAGUUCAAUGUACAGAGAAAUUCCCCCAGAGUAAUGUUCUAUUUUUACCUUUUGAAUUCGCAAGAAAUCGACGCCGAUCGUGCGUAAUGAAAUUGGCAAAUUAAUGAAGAAAAUAUUCCAUUUGGAUUUGUUUGGUUUUAGAGAGAAAAUUUGGACGAUUUUCCUUGCAAAUUACGAUCAUUUCUUAACCCCCUCAAUCCACAAUCGAGACUUUUUCCUCUGUCUACCUAAAGGAGAGACAAAGGAGAGAUUCUCGAAGGAAGAAUCGCGUGUGAGGAAAGAGAUUGAAAAAAAAGCAUCACAAAAUUAACGAAGAAGAAAAAAAGAAAAUCUUACCUCACAAAUUGAUUCUAGAAAAAAAAAUGAAACUUUGUACACCACCCCUCACAACACUCAGAUGAAGUCUAUUAGAAAUCAAAUCAAAUAUAUAUAUAAAAGUAUGUACAAUUAA